AUGAGUUAUCACUGUCCUCGUCAGUCUGAGCCCCAACAGCCCCAGCCUUGUCCUUAUCUGCGGCUCAAGGCCACCGUCUUUAAUGUCGCUGGGAUUGGGUAUGCCUCCAUUGUGAUCGUGUCACUGCUCAACAUCUACUACAUCGUCAUCCUGGCCUGGGGAGUUUACUAUCUGUUCCAGUGUUUCCAACCGGAACUGCCCUGGGCGCGCUGUAACCAGCCCUGGAACACCGAGCGCUGCAUUGAGGACACGUAUCGAAAGAACAAAUCCCUAUGGAUGGUUGGCAACGCCACCAGCCUCUCCAACUUCACCUCCCCUGUCACCGAGUUCUGGGAACACAACGUACUGGGCAUCACCAAUGGGAUCGAGGACAUUGGUCAGAUCAAAUGGGACCUGGCCCUGUGUCUGCUGCUGGUCUGGGUCAUCUGCUUCUUCUGCAUCUGGAAGGGGGUCAAGUCCACUGGAAAGGUGGUUUACUUCACUGCCACAUUCCCGUUCAUCAUGCUCAUCGUGCUGUUGAUCCGUGGAGUGACUCUGCCCGGUGCUUACGAAGGAAUCAAGUUUUACCUGUACCCCGACCUCAACCGCCUCAAGGACCCGGAGGUGUGGAUCGACGCAGGCACCCAGAUUUUCUUCUCCUACGCCAUUUGCUUGGGUGCCAUGACUUCUUUGGGGAGCUACAACAAGUACAAAUACAACUGCUACAGGGACUGUUUGCUGCUGGGAGCCCUCAACAGUGGUACCAGUUUUGUGUCUGGAUUCGCAAUAUUUUCCGUCCUGGGCUUCAUGGCACAAGAGCAAGGGGUGGAGAUUGCUGAUGUGGCAGAGUCAGGUCCCGGCCUGGCGUUCAUAGCGUACCCUAAGGCAGUCACCAUGAUGCCUUUCCCAACUGUAUGGGCCGUCUUGUUUUUUAUAAUGCUGCUGCUGCUUGGCCUCGACAGUCAGUUUGUGGAGGUGGAAGGGCAGAUCACUUCUCUAGUCGAUCUGUAUCCGUCCUUCCUAAGGAAGGGUUACCGCAGAGAGAUCUUCAUCGCUAUACUCUGCUGCAUCAGUUACCUGCUCGGACUCACCAUGGUCACCAAGGGUGGCAUGUACGUGUUCCAGCUGUUCGACUACUAUGCAGCCAGCGGUGUGUGCCUUCUGUGGGUGGCAUUCUUUGAAUGCGUUGCUGUUGCCUGGGUUUAUGGCGCUGAUAAUUUCUAUGAUGCCGUUGAGGACAUGAUUGGCUACAGACCAAACCCUUGGAUGAAAUGGAGCUGGAGUUUCAUCACUCCUUUACUGUGUGUGGGCUGCUUCAUUUUCUCCUUGGUUAAAUAUAAGCCAUUGACGUACAAUAAGGUCUACAAGUAUCCAGACUGGGCCAUCGGUGUGGGCUGGACUCUGGCUCUGGCCUCCAUGAUCUGCAUCCCCAUGGUGGUGGUCAUCAAGAUCAUCCGCUCUGAUGGGCCGCUCAUCGAGAGGAUCAAGGCGGUGGCGGCCCCGGUGCGUGGAGGGGCCAGCUCUCGUCCCGCUGGUCACCGCGGCCUGAAGGAGCUCGCUUACCCCCUGGACCCCAACAUGAACAAGGGGCUGCUGCUCAAAGCACCCAGCCACACCAUCGUGGAGACCAUGAUGUAG